AUAUCGAACUGGAACGGUAUACAACUGGGAGACGACUCCUUUGGUCCGAAUGCGAACUCUUCUAAACACGAGCCAUUUUAUCUAUUUUCCUCUUCCUCUGGAUCAGGCCACUCACGGUCGGAAAUCCAAUCUGGGGCGGUAGGGCCAGGGGUCUGUCACGAAAAAAAAGUUUAUGCACCCAGUUAAUUAAUGUGUACACCAACCUCCUCAAUUUUCGUUCUGUUUUGCGUUAGAUCCUCGAUAAUCAACCUUGCUAACACGCCCUUGGCGUUGGGUCACAGAUGCCGCAGUCGCCAAACUUUCCGCCCGCUACCACGAGUCCUAUGGCGGCCACCACCACUAUGGCCCGUAGGCUGUCCGCGGCGGACAGUACUACUGGGAGUGGAGGUGUGACCAAGCGAUCAUCCUUACCGCCAGGCUUCCGACCGCUUGGUCACCACCUUCAACACCAGGCCGGGAAGUACAAUGCCUCUCCGCUGCAGCGAACAUUGACGCCACCACCGCCAGAUAUCCUGGGACCCAACGAUCCCGAACCUUUCCCUUCAGUCGAGUCGGUGGAGAGCGCGGGAUCUGGACAGAAUUUCCACAUAUCUAGAUCCGGCCUACCUACUUCCGCGUCAUCCAACGAAAACACUAGUCCGCUGCAGCACCAUUCACACCCAUACCAGCAUUCGCAAUCGUCUUCCUUUGGCAGCAAAUCGGAAGUCCUGGAGAUCUACUGUGCAUCGUGCGGUCGGCCGUGGCUACUCAAAAAUGCAUUCGCCUGCACAGAGUGUAUCUGUGGCGUCUGCAGCGACUGCGUUGGACAGAUCAUCAGCAGUCCCGUCGUCACCGUCCAACCAGGAUUCGCCCCGAUGCGCCGCGGUUGCCCCCGCUGCGGAGUCAUGGGCGGGAAAUGGAAACGAUUUCAGCUCGACUUUCGAUAAGUCGGCUCACUAACGAUCAAGUAAGAGCAUCACGCUAGCUUCCUAGAGUAUAUCUUCCAGGGUGGAAGUGGAAAACAGGGGCGGCUUUGUUCCAUGCCCAUACAUAACUUUACCCUGACAGGCGUGCUCAGGACUUUCGAACCGAGCCUGGAGACCUGACUGAGACAUUAUUAUUCUCCUGUCAGCCGUAAAAUUACCGCGCACUCCGCCCAGCGCCGAGCCAACCGGACCAAAGAGAAAACCACGCCCAUGCACGCGGAGCGUGCCGGCAAGAGAAUUAUCUCACAAUGAUCCUUCAAACAGGGGCAAUUGAGAAAGUCCUCAAUGAGUUGAAGGCUGUGGACGAACGGGGUAGAAAUAAUAAGCGA